AUGCUGUCUUAUUCAACCCCACCUCCUCUCUACCUGAGCCUCGUUCUCUUUCUGUCCUGCAACUCCCCUGUUCUUUCCUGUCAGAUUGGAAACUACAGCCAGUGCAAGGCUGCUCCUUUUGUACCAGGUCACAACCUGGUGGGGGAGGGAUUUGAUGUGGUCACUCUGCGACGAAAGGGAGCCUAUAUGAUUGAUGUGAAUACCUACUUCACCCCAAGUGAAACAUGUACUCUCUGCUCCAACCCGCUUCAAGGCAACGUGCUGCAAAAACUGCCAGUCUCUGCAGUGGACUGGCGUGCAUUCAGCCGAUGCAGUGCCGAUAUUUACAGCAGCAUCCACUCCACUGUUAGGGCCGCAGAGGACCGCCACACCUUCAGCACACACAGGGUCACCUGCAACCAUUACAGUUACCGAGUAUCAAACAGUCCGUCUCUCAGCUCUGAGUUCAGUAAGGAUUUAGCCAAGCUACCACAUUUCUACAACAGCUCCACCAGAGCUCAGUACAGUGAGCUUAUACACACCUACGGCACACACUACAUCCGCCAGGUUCACCUUGGUGGUCGACUGAGGCGAGUCACAGCUGCACGAACCUGUCUGUCCUCACUGAAUGGACUCUCCUCAAAUGAGGUCUACUCCUGUUUAUCGCUGGGUUUCUCUGUCGGCUUGGGAAAAUUCAAAUUAUCCAGUAACAGACAGUCUUGCAACAAGGUCCUACAAAACCAGGGUCUCUCGUUUAUGUACAGCACUGGUCUCCACCAACACUACACAGAGGUGGUAGGAGGCAAUGGUUGGUUGGGAGAGUUUGCACUCACCCAGAAUGACUCCCUCGGCUUUCUAACUUGGCUGAGCACCCUGAAGGAUCACCCAGAUGUUGUUUCCUACUCCCUUCGGCCAAUCUAUAGCCUGAUGACAAAUGGCACGCAAAAGGCAGGGAUGAAAGCUGCCAUAGAGGAGUACUUGGAAGAUAACGCUGUGAGAACGUCGCCCAAUGAGCCAAACUGUGGGUGGCGCAUUCCUAAUCUGGCUUCCAACUGCUGUCCUCUGCAAGCCUGGAGGGGACGCUAA